AAACGUCUGGAGUCCAAUAUGACUUCUUCAAAAGCGGUUGCGCUAUAUCUGAAAGAGCGGCUUCUCCCCUCCAGUGGCGGGAGGACAUAGGCCCUCCCCGCCGAGAGUGGCACUGUAGCAAGAACAAAAAUUGCUGGAAGAACUCAGCAAGUCUGACAGCAUCUGUGGAGAGGAGUUAACAUUUCGAGUCCAGAUGGCUCUUGAGUGGCACAGUGACUGGAGAACCGGCCCCAUCCCCGCCAGAAGCAGCGCUGUGACCGGAGGACCGGCACCUCCUCGCCAGUUGUGGCGCUGUGCCUGGCGUGUUAACGCCCCUUCCCUCCCGUAGCGGGGCUAUGUUGGGAGGCCAGUCGCCUCCCUGCCAGAGGUGGCGCUGUGACUGGAGGAUCGGCCUCCAGCCUGUUUGAGCUAAAGCUGAAUUUUGGGUGUGUCGAUAAGUCUGGAGGAAAACGGAGCUGGGGAAAAGACACAGUCAGGGAAUUAACAGGAACAGUUGGUGGAAAAGGAUUCUCUGACUCUGCACUUCAACAUGUCGUUCCAAACAUGUGGUCCCAAUGAGGCGAUGGUGGUUUCAGGAUUCUGCCGAUCCCCGCCGGUGAUGAUUGCUGGAGGCCGAGUGUUCGUUUUGCCGUGUGUGCAACAGAUUGAGAGGAUUUCCCUGAGCACUCUGACACUGAAUGUGAAAAGCGAGAAAGUGUACACGCGUCAUGGUGUCCCUAUCUCCGUCACAGGAAUUGCACAGGUGAAGAUUCAGGGGCAGAAUAAAGAGAUGCUGGCUGCUGCCUGCCAGAUGUUCCUGGGAAAAUCAGAGAUGGAAAUCGGGCAGAUUGCACUGGAGACACUGGAGGGUCACCAGAGAGCCAUCAUGGCUCACAUGACUGUGGAGGAGAUCUAUAAAGACCGGAAGAAGUUUUCUGAGCAGGUGUUUAAAGUGGCUUCCUCCGACCUAGUCAACAUGGGCAUUGGGGUGGUCAGUUAUACCCUGAAGGACAUCCACGAUGACCAGGGUUACCUGCACUCGCUGGGGAAAUCCCGUACAGCACAGGUGCAGCGUGAUGCCCGGAUCGGAGAGGCCGAGGCCAAGCGAGACUCUGGCAUUAAGGAAGCCAAGGCCCAGCAGCAGAAGGUCUCGGCGCAAUACGUGAAUGAGAUCGAGGUGGCCAAAGCGCAGCGUGAUUAUGAGCUGAAGAAAGCCGUCUACGACACGGAGGUGAACACGAAGAAGGCUACUUCUGACCUGGCCUAUCAACUGCAGGUCGCCAAGACCAAGCAGCAGAUUGAGGAGGAGAAAAUGCAGGUCCAGGUGGUGGAACGGACCCAGCAGAUCCAGGUCCAGGAGCAGGAAAUCCUCCGGAGGGAGAAGGAGCUGGAGGCCAAGGUCAAGAAGCCAGCCGAGGCAGAGCGUUACCGUCUGGAGAAACUGGCUGAAGCCGAGAGGUUGAAGCUCAUCAUGGAGGCCGAAGCAGAGGCCGAAUCCAUACGAGUGAAGGGAGAGGCUGAGGCCUUCGCUAUUCACGCCAAGGCCAUAGCUGAGGCUGAGCAAAUGACCAAGAAAGCCGAAGCUUUCAACGAGUACAAGGAUGCUGCCAUGGUCGACAUGGUGCUGAAUAAACUGCCCGAAGUAGCAGCUGAGAUUAGCCAGCCGUUCACCAAGGUUAAGAAGAUCACCAUGGUCAGCAGCGGGAAUGGAGAAGUGGGAGCGUCCAAACUGAGUGGUGAGAUAUUGGACAUCAUGACCAGGCUCCCGGAGACCGUCGAGAAGCUCACUGGAGUCAGCAUUGUCCAGGCACCCACAAGACCCAUGCGGAUGUCCUAAACUGAUGAAGCGAGCGAGUGAGAGUGAAUGGAAGGGACGCCGAGCGUCGUCGUCCAAAGCAAGCGCAACCUGAGUGCAGGGUUGUGGGGGUGGGUCCGCUUCUGCAUGUAUAUUCGUCUGUGUCUUUCUCAUCUAACCUUAUACUCUGCUCAGUGUUGUCCUAUCGAUAAAUCUUAAUAGAAGGAGAUGUGACAGAUCUGGACAGUCAUCCCUGUAGGUCAUUGCAAUCCAGCUUUAUUUUUCUGAAUCGUGUAUCUGCUUUGAAAAGUCCGACCUGUUCUACCUUGUGCAUUUUAUCGUUUUUUUUCUGGUCAGUCUUUUUGAGCCGCAAUGAAGUCAAACGUUUCCAUACUUCGUAACUGGAGUCUUUCUAUCGGGAUUAUGAGAGUAAGUCAGGGAAGGGGGAGCCAUGUUCUUAGCUUCAGACACUGCAAACUGCCAGCAUGGUUUUAAUUCUGGUGAAGAUGGAGGUUUUUUUUUAAAGAGGCAGUCCCUUACAGAAAACAUUCUUGCCUCUGACCAAACCCAAAUUUUAGCUAGUUAUGUCACUCACUUUGGGAUUUUAUUUCCUUUGUCAGGGCACUUUACCAUGGUCCUCUAAAAAUUCACUUCGGCUGUUUUCAGCAUAAAUCUAGUUUUUGAAAAAGUAUAUAUAUUUCAACCCAAUUUAAUGACUGUUAAAAUAGCUCAAAAAUUACUGUUAAAGGACGUUGAGGCCCCUGUUGUCUUUUGAAAUAUGUUGUGUAUAUAUAUAUAAUGCCGAGUCACCUUGUUGCCUAAUCCUUCUUGGUGGAGCGUUUAGAGACUCUGGAGGUUACUGACAAUUCAAAAAAAAAACUGUCCAGCUGCUCUGACAAGAUGAAAUAAAAUAGCUCAUCUGU